AAAUAAAAACGCUGGUGUACAGAUGUUGCUACUUUUUAUUUUAUUUAUCUCAUUUCCUAUAAAUUCUGAUUGCAUAGUUUUAUAUAAUUCAUUGUUCAAUGUAGAAGAAGGCUAAACAUCAAUAAACUGAAAAUGUCUAAAAAUCAAGACAAAAAGAUGAGUGGGUCGUGUGUGGAAACUCCAGAAGCACCUGCCUGGCUAUCUAAGUUGGAAAGUCAAAGAGAAAAAUUAAGUAAAGCUCGACUUGGACACGAUAGCGGCGCCGGUGCUCCCUGUAACUCAUGCGGACCAUCAUGCCCUGGUCUGGACCUGCACUUCUGGAGGAAGGUCUGCCGUUCAUGUCACUGCAGUAAGGAUGUUCAUGAUGUUCAAGAUGAUGACCUAUCAGGCUGGGCACAGUUUGAGCUACUGGGUACUGCUAGACCUAAGAAGGCUUCAAUGCCCCUGAUUAAAAUUCGUGGAGUUACUGACAAGCCUGUGAAACUAGACUGGGUGCCUCCAAAUGCGUCAACUGAGUUGGUAUCAGAGUACAUGUCAUGUCUGGGCAACCUGGCCCCGGUGUCCGGUUCGGAGGCGGCUCGUAAACGACGUGCUCAGCUCAGGACACAGCUACCGCCGCACGAUGUCGCACCCGCCGUACGACAACACGCAUCCGACUUUGAGAAGUCAGAACAUACUGAAUACAUCACGCGCAUUAAGGACCAUGUCGUCGGUAUGGGCAAUGUCGUCAGGGUAGGCCCUCUACAAAACGGCGAAAUCUACUCUGUUGAGAACAGCAAAGUACAUGGCGCGACUAAAUCUUACGCUCUUCCUCUCAAAAUAUCCAACGUAUCCAGGGGAGUCAAAUACAACAUCGUUCCUAAGAAUGCGUCUGAUAAGAAGUUGGUCUUAGAUACACAAGGAAACGUCGUCAGCAGUGCUGCCAAUCUCCCAGACUACAAAUCCAGUCCCAUAUUGAGUCGCAUCGUGAAAGACAAACUGCAUAUCAUGCGCAUCGAAUCAGAUAGAAUUAAGAGCGCGGUAGAACAUGGCCCCGUCUACGAUAAACUGUUCAAAAACUUAGAGGACUUGAAUAUGCCUGUCACUAAUGACGUGUAUCUACAACCAAUCAAGCUAUUCAGAGAAGAGUACAACAGUAAUCCUCAAUUUAAAGACGAAACAACUGAGUUCUCCAGUAAGUCCCUUGGAGCUCAAAUUAUGCCAGACUUGUGGUCCAACAGCAACAAUAAUAUUAUGGGUACAGCCAAACUCUUGGAUAGUAGAAUUCAAAAAGGUACCAUUUUCGCUCCAAAUGGAGAGAUAUGGAGCUGGAAACAUGAGCCAGUCACUCCUGAACACAGUGGCACUCUUUGUUCCACGAAGAUCAAUCCUCAGUACUCGACUGUUACCAAGCCGAUAAAUCAGGUGGAACCACAACAGACUGCGCCGUUAAGAGAAUAUCUCAGAAGUCACUCUGAAGAUGACCUUCCACCUCCACCAUUACCGAACUACAGCACAUAUCCAGGCGCUGUACCGCCAACUGCCGGAACAGAUUGGAAUAACCAGCCAGUUGACAAUGUUCACCCUAUUGGUGAUAGUGCUGAAUACUUACCUCUGCCGCAAAAUUAUGCUGAAGGUACGGAUCAAGUCAUUGAGCAGCUCGCAGAUUUAUCGCUCAGUCCAGCUGAAGUAGAAUUUAACAGGAAGCUUUACAAUGAAGGAGUGCCUUGCCAACGUUGUAAUAAGUCGAUGUUCGCUGGCGAAGUUGCAGUCAAAGCGGAGAGGGCAGGUCAUGAAGCCAUUUGGCAUCCACAAUGUUUCACAUGCAGCAAAUGUAACGAGUUGCUGGCUGACCUUGUAUACUUCUUCUACAAAGGUGAGAUUUAUUGCGCCAGAGAUUUGGCUGAUGUUUUGGAAAUCCCGCGUUGCGCCGGAUGCGACGAGCUGAUAUUCACGCGUCCGUAUACAGCGGCGGAAGGAAGGGCGUUCCAUGUGCAACAUUUCUGUUGCUAUCACUGCGAUGCCCCGCUCGGUGGUAAAAAGUACGUCCCCGAUGAUAAGACUGGGCUUCCGAUAUGUUUACAAUGUUACGAUCAGUUUUACGCUGAACGUUGUCGCGCCUGCAGUGGAGUUAUAGGGCCUGAGCAGCAAGGUGUGUCCUGGGGCAACAUGCACUGGCACGCCGACUGCUUCAUGUGUUCCGGUCGGAUGUGCGGUAAAAGCUUACUGAGCGGACGAUUCGUCGUCAAACAGGAAAUGCCGUUUUGUAGCGUGGCAUGUGUUCAGAGCAGAAUUAAGUAAAGAGAAAAUAAUACGUCAGGAAGACUGUUGUGGUAGCAAGUAAUAAAUUAAAUUGUAUUUUUAUAAAUGCCAUUAUAAUAUGUAAUAUUUUUAUAUGACAUAUUUUUGAUAAGUACACUACUAGUUAAGAGUCUAUAAGAGUAAGAAAAAAUGUAAGGUACUAAUGCAUUAUUAGUCUCUCUACUCAAUAUGGAGUAAUAGAAAUUUCCAAAAGACUUUAUAUGGUCGCAAUAUAUAGUGACUUGUACAUCGAAGUUCCUUGAUUUCGGGACCAAUUUAAGUAGAAGAUUAUAGAUAGUUUCGUUUAAGCAUUCCAGUUGCUUAUUUACAGUGUGUUGCUAUUUUUAUCUUAAGUUUUAUUUUGAGAUAUUUAAAAUACUUAUAAUUUAAGACAACAUGUAUUUUCAUAAAUAAUUUAUUUUCAUGUUAUUUCAUCGAGUUAAAAAGUUUUUGGAGUAUUUUUUAGAAGUUAAAACUGAGUGUAAGGUAGUCCAAUAAAUGUGAUAGAGGUAAACAAAAAUGUUUGGUCCAUGGUAAAUACAAAACAUAUAUUUUUAGAGUAUAAACAUUAUGAAGGUAGAAAUAUAUUUAUAUUUAGUAUUUUAUUGGGUGCAACAGGAAUAAAGUGCCAUCGGUAUUAUUUUUGGAUGAUAUACAUAAUAAAGUCUUUACAACA